GCUUCUCGCAGCUUCACCAUUUUGUGAGGGAGAGACACGCAGCGGUUUUGUGGUUUUUAUGGGCAAAACCUCCAGCAGAUUAAACAACAGCUUUUCUACAGAUUCUUGCAGUUCUGAGAGAAAUAAAUUCACUCUCUGACUGUAGAAACUGGUCUUCUGCUGAGGCAGAGCCACACCACAGUGAGCGAAAUGCAGUAUGUUUGGGUGAUAUUACUGUUCCUCCCCAGCACACUUUCACAGAAGUUCAGGUUGGUGGUUCCAGAAGCUCCUGUUUUCAGUGUUUCUGGUUCUUAUGUUGUUCUGCCAUGUUCUGUACGAGAGCAUAAUGAUCAGAACAUCAUGGUGAACGCUGUGAAUCUGACCGUUACUUGGUCCAGAUCAGACCUGAAUGAUUCACUGGUUCAUCUCUAUGAGAAUCAUACAGAUCUAAACACAGAUCAGAAUCCUUCUUACAGAAGAAGAACCGCUGUGUUUAAAGAGGAGCUGAAGAAUGGAGACGCCUCACUGAAAAUCUCCAACAUUCGGAUUUCUGAUGAAGGAGAAUACACAUGCAGAGUUGACUCUAAGAACUGGAACUGGCGUGGUGAUAAAACCAUUAAACUCUCAGUUGAAGUUGUGGGAAGUGAACCAGAGGUCACUGUGGAGAAAUAUGAAUCAGGAAAGUUCAGUUUACUGUGUGAAUCUAAAGGCUGGCGUCCUGAACCUGAGCUUCAGUGGAGGAACAGUAAAGAAGUUAAUCUGACUGCAGAAACAGAAACUCAGAGAGUCGCUGAUCUCUUUAAUGUGAAAAGCAGAAUCACAGUAGAGAAAAUCGACUCAUACUUCUGCACAGUGACACAGAGACAUCAUGUGAAGGAGGGAUGGACCGGUGCUCAUACACUGAAUGAGCAUGUACCCAGUGAAGCUGGGAAAACUGUUGGAAUUACCAUUGUUGUACUUUUACUCGUGGUUGUCCUGGCUGGAGUCUUUUUUCACUUCUAUUAUGUCAAAUUAUUACUGAACUCAGACAAAGACGGUCGUCUCCAACACCACAACCUCUCUCCAUGUCAGUGGUGUUGUGUGGAGUGUACUUUACUGAAGUCUGAAGAGGAUCUGAAAGAGUUUAAUCUGAGAAAGUUUGACCCGUCAGAUAGAGGAGUUGAGAAGCUGAAGAAAGUGAUCGCAUCAUCCGAAAAAGCUCUGCUGAAACAGUGUAAUCUCACAGAGAAAAGCUGUGAGGUUCUGGCCUCAGUACUCAGCUCAGAGAACUCGCUGACAGAGCUGGACCUGAGUUUAACCCCUUUUCACAGUGGCCAUAAAAUGAUUUUUUUUUCCUAUUUUGAAAGUCCCUCUUCUCUAAACCAAUGA